AAGACACCGAACCAUAACAACAGCGGUAGUGAUUCUAAAAAAAAUGAAUUCAACAUUCCCUAUUUUAUUUAAUUCAAAGUUAAUUUUUGAAGAUAAAAAUGUUAUUCAAUUGCGAGCAUCAAUUAAAUCAGAAGAUGAAGCGAACCAAUGGGUAGAAGAAUAUGGACAUAAAACGCACACUAGAUGGCUAAAGUCAUACAAGCUGAAUGAACCUACAAGGCUUGUGGCACAUAGAAAAUAUCAAUGUCAACAUUCAAAACUAAAUAAAGAAAUUAAAUCAAGGAAAAACACAUACUGUGUAGCUGAAAUUGAUAUCAAAAUCAAAAAAGUAAAUGCAAAUACUAAGAAAAAUGAUCAAUAUCUAAAAGAAGAACCUCCCCUUAGUGGAGUUAUAGAAGUUCAUAAAAACCAUAACCAUAACAUUGAAUGUGCAGAUUCGAUGAAAUACUUACCAGUGUCAUCAGUUACAAAAAAACUUUUUUAUAACUAUUUUAACAGUGGAUUAAGUCCAGCUCAAGCAAAACGUAUACACACAGAUAACUUUAUUUAUCAUGAAAAUGGCUCCUUUCUUUUGGCAGAUGCCUCACUUAAUCCUUCAUCACGUACAAUUUAUUAUUUAUACAAUUUAUGGCAAGAAAAACAUUUUGCUCUUAAAAAUCCUUUAGAGAUGUUAAAGAAUAAAAGAAAUGUAUACUUAGAAUCAGGAGCGUUGGUGACAGUUAUUGAAGAAGAUCUGAAAUGGUCUGUACUAGUGGUCACUGAAGUGAUGCAAAGGAAUCAACUAAGAAAAUCUUCUUCCGAAAUUGUGUUUGUAGAUACUACCUCAUCUUGUGAUAUCUCACAAACAAAUGUUACAAUUGUGUCUACAUCAAGUUCCGCAGGAUGUAUCCCUAUUGCUAUUCUAUUUCAUGCUAAUAAAACUGAAGAGAAUUAUGAGCAAGCAUUCAAACUUCUUAAAUUAGAAUGCCCAAGAUGUUUUGGAGGAUCUGAGGAGCCCCAAGUUUUUAUGCUGGAUGACUCAAGUGAAGAAAAAAAUGCACUAAGUUCUGUAUGGCCAACAGCAACAAUGUUAUUAUGUUAUUUUCAUGUAUUACAAGCACAAGGGCGUUGGUUGCUUAAAAAAGCUGCAAAAACUGAUCGUAAAAAACUUUACCAUUUGUUUAAAAAUGUAUUUAAGUUACAUAUAAAAAUAGAUUUAUAACCACUUAAUUAUAUAGUAAUUCU